AUGGAAAGGAACAUCUGCUAUCGACAACGAAGGAGAAAAGAAGUCGUCUACGACGAUUGCGUACUUGAGAACUCUUUGUCCCAAGGUGACUGGCACAUCGAGGAGGACCCAAACGUGAACUACGAGAUGCUGCUCAGAGGAUUACGAGUCUGUGUUGAGCGUGCCUCGAAGCCGCGCACGACAAACUUGGAUCGAAUUUUAAAGACCACCAAGGAAUUGUUGGAAGAAGGGCUUUGA